UUGUCUUCUAGAAGUGUUCAUUUAGUUUUCUGUUUGUUGGUGUUUUUCUGUUUUAUGUUUUAGUUUAUCAUGAAUAAUUUUUCAUCGAAUUCAAUUAUGUCUUAUCAUCAAUGGCCACCAAAUAAACUAAUUCGUAUAUUUAUAUUAACAACUAUAAUGUGUGUAACUUUAAUUGGUAACAGUUAUAUUAUAUUUGAAUUAUUUUGUCGACGUCGUCGACAUCAUACACGUUUACAUUUAUUUAUAUUGAAUUUAGCUAUUGGAGAUUUAACAAUAUGUUUAUGUACAAUGACAUCAGAAUUAUUUCUUAUAAUUUUUGAUCAAGAAUGGAUUUUAGGAAAUGCUGCUUGUAAAUUAACACUUUAUAUUCAAGUUGUUACACUUGCUUCAACAACAUUUAUUAACGUCGCAAUGACUUAUGAUCGAUAUGAAGCAGUCUGUUGUCCAUUGCGAUCACGUACAGCACUUCGUCGUGUACGUCGUAUUAUAAUUCUAUGUUGGUUAAGUUCAUUAAUAACAGCUAUACCACAAUUAUUUAUAUUCAAACAAAGUUUAAUAAAAGGAAGUUUAAUAAAAUAUCGUUGUAGUAGUACAGGUUAUACAGCUGAAUGGCAACGUCGAGUUUAUUUUACAAUAUUUGCUUGUUAUCUACUUGUUAUACCAGCUUUUUGUAUGACAACAUGGUAUAUAAAAAUAAUAUGUGUUGUUAUAUCGUCAACUGAAAUUCGGAUGCAAAAAUUUCAUGGUCAAACCACAACAACAUUCCUUACAUCAUCGGCAACAUCUCUAGCUAAAUUUAAAACGGUUAAAUUAGCUAUGACUAUUAUUAUUGUAUUUGUCGUUUGUUGGACACCUUAUAUAGUUUUAACUUUAAUUGAAAUUUAUUCGGAUCGUCGUUUACGUAUACCACCAUGGCUUGAUGGAGUUUUACAAACAAUAUGUUUAGCACAAAGUGGUCUUAAUCCGUUGAUUUAUAUAAUAUUUAAUCAUAAACAAAAACAUGUACCAACAAUAAUUAUUGCUUUAGCACGAAUAACUUCAUUAAAAUGGUGA